AUGAAAUAAUAAACUCUUAAUCCAGAUCCUAGAAAGAAAUAAAUCUUGUUAGAUAUGAUUAAUAAAGGAGGUAUUUCUGAGUUGAAACCAGAAAAAACACUUUAAGCUUAAUUUGAAGCUUUGCAAUUAGAACUAUAAGAAAAAGAUUAAGUAAUACAUUAAAAAGGUAUAUGGCUCAUAUAUAUGUAGAUGAAUAAAUUGAUAAAUUGUGUGCUGUGAUAUUUUAAUAUUAAGAAGAAAUAACUUAAAAAAAUAGAGAAUUAGAAGAUUUGCAAUUAAAUAAGGCUCAAUUAGAAAUGGAAGUUCAAAAUUACAUUGAAAUGAAAGAACAUUGUGAUCAUGCAUUGAAAUAAUUACAUCAUGUUGAAAUGCAAAUGAGUGAAUUGUAAGAAUAAAAUUCAUAACUCAAGAAUCAAGGUAAAAUAAUGUUCUCUAUUUAUUUAGAACAGUAGCUUUUGAGCUAAAUUUAAGCAUUAUAAAAAAAUUCAGAUGUUCUUUUGAGGGAUGCUUUUGAAAGAGAGAAGAAAUAAUUACAUAAAAAAUUACUUGAGAAAACCAAGAUAAUUUAAGAAUUAAAUUGUUAAAUAUAGAAAUAAAAUGAAACAUAAUCUACCAUUCAUUAAUCAAUGAUGAAAAUGAAAGAAGAUUAAAGAAGACAAGAACAAACUAUUUAACAAUUAAGAGAAGAAAUUGAAAAUUUGAAAGGAGAUGGAGCAAUGUUUGCCAGUCCUUUAAAUUAGUUUACAAGUCCUUUAAAUUAGUUUACAAGUCCUUAAGGAUAAAGAUAAGCAAGCUUUAAUACGCAUAAAGAUUUCGAUACUCCUAUGAGAUAAUCAUCAUAUACAUAACAGAAACCAUAAUCAUCUAAUAGUCUUUGUAGUAAUUUUACUAGUUAAGAAAGUAAGAAAAAAAUGAUGGGAAGUUUUAAAAGAUUAACGACUAUGGCUGUAGGUAUGUAUAGUAAUCUACUUGAUUAUUAAUCAUUAUAGAAUGGCAGUAAAUUAGUAAUUUUCUAUAAUAUUAAUAGGCAUCUGAAUUAAGUUAAGCUAGAAUUGAUUUAACUUAAUAAGUUUCAAGAUCUUCCCUGUUGCAUUAGGAGUAUAAUGACAAUAAUUGA